ACGCGCAGUCAGUGUUUAGUUUUCCCUAAUCUGAGGAAACUGUCUGGGUCUCCUCGCUGGGCAAAUCCACCGCUGACACUUUUUCUCAUGUUUUAGCGCAGAAACUACUUUUUAAAAAAUAUUUAUUUCAUCGCUGGGAUAUAAGAAGACACCACCGCAACCUCUCGUCAACAAGGUCUGUGGUUAAGCAGCUCAAAUCGCCGUGGAGGAACCCUCAACACUUCAAAGUGGUUGCUCAAUGCCCCCCCCCGGUCAGCAGGCAUAGCCUUCAGUUCCCACAUCUCACCACAUCCAUGUUGACUGCGGCAGCCCCAGCGCUGGCUUCAGCUGGGCUACAGCCCGCACGGUCUCUUUGUUUCUCGGCGGAAAAGAGUCACCGCUCCUGCUUAAGGGGCUCGUGUCCGGAACAUACAUCCCCGCUCCAGCUUGAUGGAUUGUUUACGCGAUAAAAUGGCUGCUCAAAUGGAUUUUAGAGAAUGCUGUUGAAUAAGCGCAGCAACGUCACAUUAGCCAGCAGAUGCCAGGCAGCGGAGAGGCCAGAGCUCCACAGAGUAAAUAAACAAACACUAUAAUGUACUGGCUCCUGUAAGUGUUCACGGCAGGUUUCAGUUGCUUGGAUAGCUUUAAUAGAUGGUUCGCAGCUUUUUCGUUAGGUUCUUCCAGCAAGAGGUGGGGUGAAGGGAAUUCCUCCCACUUUAAAUCUAUGCAUGCGGUAAACCACGCAGCUUUUGAAGACACUGCGUUUUAUUAUUAGCCAUCAUUCUUCAAAGCUUUGUGAUGAGGCUUAUCAGAGACUCUAUGUGAGUAUGCAGACCCCUGAAGGAAUAUGCAGGACUUCUUUGUUAUAAUCUGAACAGCCUGAGAAGUCCAGUAUUCUCCCGGAGCAGACCUUAAAGGCCCCGGUGUCUCCCUCGGCUUGGCGAAGAGACCUGUGGGCUAAACAUGGAUCCUGGAGGGAAAUGUGAGAGACAACUCUUUCCGUUUGGACCCAAAGAAGGAUCCUACCGCGAACUGCGGGGAAUCAGCAGAUACCUGGUGAUGUACAUCUUGUUUUACUUUGUGCUCCUCACGCACGCCUCUCCGGCGAAAGUGUGUGAGAAGAACUGCCUCGCUGGAAAAUGCAUAAACGGAUCCUGUCUCUGUGACCGAGGAUGGGUUGGAGACCAGUGCCAGCACUGCCAAGGGAGGUUCAAGUUGAUGGAGCCCUCAGGAUACCUCACUGAUGGUCCGAUCAACUAUAAAUUCAAAACAAAAUGCACGUGGCUCAUUGAGGCCAAUCCAAAUUCAGUUCUUCGGUUAAGAUUUAACCACUUUGCUACAGAAUGCAGUUGGGACCAUAUGUAUGUCUACGACGGUGAUUCAAUCUACGCUCCUCUGGUUGCUGUUUUCAGUGGUCUCAUCGUGCCGGAGGUGCGAGGAAACGAGACCGUUCCUGAGGUGGAGACGACUUCGGGCUACGCACUACUACACUUUUUCAGUGAUGCUGCCUAUAACUUGACAGGAUUUGAAAUCUUUUAUUCGAUCAACUCUUGCCCUAAUAACUGCUCUGGCCAUGGAAAGUGCACCCCAGGGAACUCAGUCGCCAGCAGAGUUUACUGUGAAUGUGACAAGUACUGGAAGGGCGAGGCCUGUGACAUCCCCUACUGCAGAAACAACUGCGGAAGCCCCGACCACGGCUACUGCGACCUCACUGGGGAAAAGCUGUGUGUCUGCAACGACAGCUGGCAAGGUCCAGACUGCUCUCUUACUGUACCAUCAACCGAGUCCUUCUGGGUCCUGCCAAGCGUCAAACCCUUUGGCACGUCACUCGCCCGGGCAUCCCAUAAGGCUGUGGUGCAGGAAAAGGUUAUGUGGGUUGUGGGUGGAUAUACCUUCAACUACAGCUCGUUCCAGAUGAUUCUCAACUACAACCUGGAGAGUGGAAUCUGGAACACUGUCCCCAUCAAUACUAGCCCUGUGCCAAGAUAUGGUCAUUCAAUCGCUGCCUACCAGGAUGACAUCUACAUGUUUGGUGGGAAGCUGGAGGCCAACGGGGGGAAUGUGACCGACGAACUGUGGGUGUUCAACAUACCAGGUCGGACGUGGCAGCGGAAAAUCCCUGUGGUCGGCCCACCGGGCCAGACUCAGAUUUAUGCUGUGGAGGGUCACUCAGCCCACUGCAUCUUGCUGGAGGGUGGCGAGGCCAUCAUGCUGGUCAUCUUUGGCUACUCACCCAUUUACAGCUACAUCAGCAACGUUCAGGAGUAUAACCUAAGAUCCAACACUUGGGUGAUACCAGAGACCAGAGGCGCCAUUCCCCAAGGAGGUUAUGGCCACAGCAGCACGUAUGACACCUCUACUGGCAGCGUGUAUGUCCAUGGCGGCUACAAGGCUCUGCCUGCCAACAAGUACGGCCUAGUGGACGACCUCUACCGCUAUGACGUCGAUACCAGGACAUGGUUCAUCCUGAGAGAGAGCGGGUUUCCACGGUACCUGCACUCGGCCGUGCUUCUCAGCGGCACGCUUCUCAUCUUCGGCGGCAACACGCACAACGACACGUCACUCAGCAACGGAGCCAAGUGUUUCUCCGCUGACUUCCUCAGCUACGACAUUGCCUGUGAUGAGUGGAAGCGUCUGCCUCGACCGGACCUGCAUAGAGAUGUCAACCGCUUCGGUCACUCUGCUGUGGUCAGCAAUGGGUCCAUGUACGUCUUUGGGGGCUUCUCUGGUGUGCUGGUUAAUGAUGUGCUUGUGUACCGGCCUCCCAGCUGUCAGGCUUUCUUGGCAGAGGAAGCUUGUGUGACGGCCGGGCCAGGGGUCCGCUGUGUCUGGAGCAGAGGUCGCUGCCUCCCCUGGGAACCAAUCACAGCCAAUGGAAGCAUCACCCAUGCCUCAUUUUGCCCCCCUAAACCUGUCACGGUGGAUGAGCGCUGCUACCGCUUCUCAGACUGUGCCAGCUGUACAGCCAACACCAACGUGUGCCAGUGGUGUGACGACAAAAAGUGCAUCUCCGCCUUCAGUAACUGUACAUCUAGCGUGAAGAACUUCACUAAUUGUCCAGUGCGUAAUGAGCAGGUGUGUAGCAAGCUGGCCAAUUGCAAGAGCUGCUCGCUGAAUCCCAUCUGUCAGUGGGAUCAGAGCCAGUCCGAGUGCCACGCGUUACCAGCCCAGCAGUGCAGCGAGGGUUGGAGCCAAGUGGGGGAGGCUUGCCUGAGGAUUAACUCCAGCCGGGAGAGUUAUGACAACGCGCAGCACUACUGCAAGAACCUGAAUGGAAACAUCGCCUCGCUCACCACAUCCAAACAGGUGGACUUCGUACUGGAGGAAUUAAAGAAGCUCCAGCAACAAGACAAGCGGCUGUCUCCCUGGGUGGGCCUCAGGAAGAUCAAUGUGUCGUACUGGGGUUGGGAGGACAUGACCCCCUUUACCAACAGCAGCCUACGCUGGCUGCCUGGUGAGCCAAGCGACUCUGGUUUCUGUGCAUACCUGGAGGAACCGCAAGUGUCGGGUCUGAGAGCCAACCCGUGCACCGCAAAUGCCCAUGGUCUCAUCUGUGAAAAGGCUACAGGAAAUCCCAACCAGAGCAACCGACUGUCCUGCAAGAAGCCCUGCGCUCUGCACACCACGUGCGCCAACUGCACCAGCCCGACCAUGGAGUGCAUGUGGUGUGGCAGUGCCCAGCGCUGCGUGGACUCCUCUGCCUAUGUCAUCUCCUUCCCCUACGGCCAGUGUCUGGAGUGGCAGACUGUUGAUUGUGUGGCUCCUAAUUGCUCAGGGCUGCAGACGUGUGCCCACUGUUUGCAGCAACCGGAAUGCGGCUGGUGUGGAGACCCCAGCAGCACCGGGAAGGGUCUUUGCAUUGAGGGUUCAUACCGGGGGCCAAUGAAGAAAACAACGAAGCAGGGCCAGCAGGGCCAGUCCCAGGACAUGAGUCUGGAUCCCGGCAUUUGCCCCAAAGACAAGGGAUACGAAUGGGCCUUCAUCCACUGCCCUGCAUGCCAGUGUAACGGCCACAGCACGUGCAUAAACGGCAGUGUGUGCGAACAGUGCCGCAACCUCACCACUGGGCCGCAGUGCCAAACCUGCAUGCCUGGGUAUCAUGGCAACCCCACCAAUGGAGGCAAAUGUCAAGCCUGCAAGUGUAAUGGUCAUGCAAAUGUCUGCGAGGUGUUAACAGGCAAGUGCUUCUGUACCACCAAGGGGAUCAAAGGGGACCAGUGCCAGCUAUGUGACUCAGAGAACCGUUACCUUGGCAAUCCACUCAGAGGAACCUGUUACUACAAUCUUCUAAUUGACUACCAGUUUACCUUCAGUCUCAUCCAAGAAGAUGACAAUUACUACACUGCCAUCAACUUUAUGGCCUCACCUGAGCAGGCAAACAAGAACUUGGACAUGUCCAUCAACGCGUCAAACAACUUCAACCUCAACAUCACCUGGUCCGUGGGAUCAACAGCUGGAACCAUAUCCGGGGAGGAGGUGCCCAUCGUGUCCAAAACUAACAUCAAGGAAUACCGAGACAGUUUCUCCUGUGAGAAAUUCACCUUCAGAAGCAACCCCAACAUCACCUUUUAUGUCUACGUCAGUAACUUCUCAUGGCCCAUCAAAAUCCAGAUCGCCUUCUCCCAACACAACAGUAUUAUGGACCUCGUCCAGUUCUUUGUAACUUUUUUCAGCUGUUUUCUGUCGCUGCUUCUCGUGGCCGCCGUUGUGUGGAAGAUAAAACAGACCUGCUGGGCUUCACGGCGGAGAGAACAACUGAUGAGGGAGCGUCAGCAGAUGGCCAGCCGUCCCUUCGCCUCAGUGGCCGUGGCACUGGACGUCAGGGGAGAACAAACGGAACUGUUGCAGCCAUUGGUCGAGGGUAUCCCUAAACCUGUUGCAAUCGAGCCAUGCUCAGGAGGAAAAGCUGCUGUAUUGACUGUCCUCAUGCGUCUGCCCUCCGGGCCCUUAGACCUACCUCCACCAGGACAGUCAGGUCUUAUUGUUGCCAGUGCACUGAUAGACAUUUCACAACAGAAACCCACAGACUUUAAGGACAAGUCCCACGCUCUGAAGAAUCGAAAAGCCCUGCCCCCCGUGCACCAGGGCACCUGCGUUUAGGUAUCAACGUGUCAUUCCAAUUCCUCAUUUGCACCGUCUGAGGCACCGCACCGCACUGCACCGCACCGCACCAGGUCAUCCCAGGUCCUGGAUGGAAACCUUUAGAGACAAGAGAUGACCUGCCGUAGGAGAUGUCACUCUGCUGCUACCAGUGAAGUUUUAAUGUCCCAAGAGCACAACCUCGGCCACCUUCCUGCCCUGUUGCUCUAUUCUGCAUAUGUCAGCCUAAUAAAUCUUCCUGCAGCAGCAGCAGCAGCCUCCUCCGCCCACCGGGCUCUAACUUCUGUCCUCAUUACUGCGCCAGGAGCCAACCUGCCCGACCAGUGACAUUAGGAGAGACACAAUAAUUAGAGGAUGAAGCUUUGGUCGUAAAUAUUUGGGCACAUGAAGGAAAAGCGAAGGUGUUUGAAGUGACAUUUACCUCACACCUUGUUGGGAAAAAAAAGCAAAAGCAAAAUGCUGAUAAAUCCACAGAAUCUGCUGCCUGUUGUCCUCUUUGUCUUAGUUUUUGCUUGUCAACAGGUGAUUAUCUAUGGUGCUAAACCAUUUACUUGCUCUCUCUCUUUGACUUUUCUGUACAUACGUCAUCACUUACCCAGCUGAA